GAGGAGAGGAGGAGGAGCGCAUACAGCCGUGGGAAGCAGAAUGCUCGCCCGGCAGUAGCAUCUAGCAUCCUUAACGCCACGCCAGGCCCAGACCGAGAUCCAGACCCUGCCACCUCCAUUGACAGACAGAUGAAACCUCUCUCUCCGUCCCAGGUGAUGUUCUCUGGACCAAGCCCUGCUCUGUACAAGACGGGGAACCUGUUUUUGAUUCCAUUAUCAUUAAAAAAACAACAACAAGAAGGUAAAGGGAAAUACUAGGAGAUCUAAACCUCCAUGAUUCCAUCUCCAUCUUCGCCUCCCGGCCCUGAUCUUUCUGUGUCAACCUGAUUUUCUCUUCUUGACGUUCUGAGGAUUUUGCCUAAACCUGUUUCAUGCAUGUCCACUGGAGGCAGGUUUGACUUUGAUGAUGGGGGGUCGUACUGUGGAGGGUGGGAGCAGGGCAAGGCCCAUGGCCGGGGGGUCUGCACAGGGCCACAGGGUCAGGGGGAGUACGCCGGGGCCUGGAGCCACGGCUUCGAGGUCCUGGGUGUCUACACCUGGCCCAGCGGGAAUAGCUACCAGGGCACGUGGGCGCAGGGGAAACGCCACGGUGUGGGUGUGGAGAGCAAGGGCCGCUGGGACUACAGGGGGGAGUGGACGCAGGGCUUCAAGGGACGCUAUGGCCAACUGGAGAGCACGGUUAGCGGGGCCCGUUACGAAGGGACCUGGAGCAACGGCCUGCAGGAUGGAUACGGGACUGAGACGUACUCCGAUGGAGGUACGUUCCAGGGCCAGUGGCUGGGGGGGAUGCGGCACGGCUAUGGGGUCCGGCAGAGCGUACCAUACGGCAUGGCGGCCGUCAUCCUCUACCCGCUCCGCACGUCCAUAAACUCCCUCCGCUCCGAGCACAGCCACGGCCCCCCCACCCCGCUGGAGGACGGUGCCGGGACCGUCGUCUCGCCUGCCGACGCGGUGGUGGGGGGCGGGCUGGUCGGGAGUCCCGUGGGGAGGGGGGGCUUCGCUCUGACUGCGCCCAGCGAGGCGGACCGUCGAGGGAAGAGGAAAGGCCGUUUCCGCCAGUCGAUCCUGAGUGGUCUGAAGCUGCGUCGCUCCGAGUCCAAGAGUUCCCUGGCCAGCCAGCUGAGUAAACAGAGCUCGUUCUGCAGCGAGGCCGGCAUGAGCACCGUCUCCUCUGCAGCCUCCGACAUCCACUCCAACGCUAGCCAGGACGGCGAGCAGGGUGCUCCUGUGGAUGCCACGGUCACCGAGGCCUACGCCGGCGAGUGGCGCAGUGACCAGCGGGCGGGUUGGGGCGUGAGCCGGCGCUCCAGCGGUCUACGCUACGAGGGGGAGUGGGUGGCCAACAAGCGCCAUGGUUACGGCUGUACAACGUUCCCCGACAGCACCAAAGAGGAAGGGAAGUACAAGCAGAACGCGCUGGUCAGCGGGAAGCGGAAGAACCUGAUUCCUCUGAGAGCCAGUAAGAUCAGGGAGAAGGUGGAGCGGGCUGUGGAAGCGGCUGAGAAGGCUGCAGACAUCGCCAAGCAGAAGGCAGAGAUCGCCCUGUCCAGGUGA